AUGAAAGUAUACAAUGGUCUUACAGCGUCCGCGGCAACAAUCACGCAUCUAAAGCGGGAACUAAUGCAUGCAAUAUGGCUUAUUCUUCUCGACGAAGAAUUCAUGGAAGCAUAUAAACAUGGCAUCAUCAUUAAAUGUGCCGAUGGUGUCAUACGACAUGUUUUCCCCCGGUUCUUCACGUACUCCGCCGAUUACCCCGAGAAACUUGGAACAUAUGUCGAUAACCAACGGCAGUCACAUAUUCGCAAAGACAAUCAGCAAAGGCAAGACAAGGUUGAGAACAGCCGGAAAUGGAUCUUCAAACAUGGUGCUGGCAUUAAAAGUAAACAUGUAGAAGAUAUUCUUCAGGAGACAUCAGCUGUCCCUACACAAAAUGCUUUCUUGACUCGUCUCUCGCAGUUUGGUUUCAAUUUCUUCAACAUGUUCGUAUCCAACUUGUUACACGAGUUUGAACUCGGUGUUUGGAAGGCAUUUUUUACACACAUGAUGCGUAUCCUCCUUGCUGCAGGCGGGGAGGGCAUUCAGCGUCUUAACUGGCGAUAUCACAAAGUUGCUACAUUCGGCAGAAAUACCAUACGGCGGUUCCAUCGUAACGCAUCAGAUAUGACAAACCUUGCGGCAAGAGACUUCAAAGAUCUACUUCAGUGCUCCUUGCCUGUUUUUGAAGGCUUACUUCCUCCGGCACAUGAUAAAAUACUCCAGGACACACUGUUUACCUUGUGCGAAUGGCACACACUUGCCAAACUUCGCAUGCAUACAAGCUCAACGCUUACAGGGCUUGAAGUGACGACUCGGCGACUGGGCAAGGAGCUUAGAGCUUUUGUCACAAAGCUCUGUCCACUAUAUUCGACUAAGGAGUUACCGAAGGAAACAGCUGCCUGUGCCCGUCGCGCCGCCAGUAAUGCUAAGAAGAGGAAGCCAAUGGCUCCAGGAUCUCUGAAUGGGAAGGUCACAAAAAUGCUCAACCUUUUCACAUAUAAGCUCCAUGCGCUUGGAGACUAUGUGAAGACAAUCUGGAUGUUUGGGCCAACGGAAAGCUACUCAACUCAGCGGGUGGGACAUUCACUGAAUACUUUACUCUGUUAUACUGAUCGUGAUUAA